UAUUUAAAUUAUUUAAAUAUGUUGGAAAAUAAUUCGUUAAGCAAUUAUAUCGUAGAAAUCACUGUGUGGGUAAAUAGCUGUGAAAGUUGUUUAGAAGAAUGUUUUAUCUGGGAAAUGUGUCGGGAAGCAGGAAGUGUG